AAGAGGAGAGAGGAAAGGAGACAACAGCACGAGUGAUUGAGAGAUCGUUGCUAGAGAGCACGUCUCUCUUAUCCCGCACACAUAGCCUUGUUUGAACUCUCCCUGAAUUCCUUGUCAUACAAAGUCGUCUUGCUGCAAAUCAGCUUGUACCGCAGCAGAGUCCUAUUUCUGCCCGCUACCCCAUCUCAGGAGCAUAAAGACCUCUGCUGGACAGCUGCUCAGCUCAGUUUGCGCUAGCUGUAUCAUCUUCUUCCUCCAGAAAGUGGCUGAGACAGGAACAUAGCUGGAGUCAAUCAAGAUGACUACCAAGACCGACGGAGAGACGAGGACAAUUCUGCGCAACCUUGCCAUCAUCAUCUUGCUGUUCUAUUCUGUACAAUACAUCUUCUGCAUGAUCAUGGCGGCGAGCCUGAGUGGAGGCCUCUGGAAGUAUUCGUCCUAUAGGAAUCAUAGCAAUCAUGCUGACAUGUCGGUCAGCGACAAGUACAGCGCCGGCCUCCUUCCGUUCUGGCACUUCGACUUUGGGUUCGGGCAGGGGAACAUUGCGCUGACGGCGUGGUUGACUAUGGCGAUCUCGCAGGGAUUUCUGAUAGCGUUCAUCUAUUUCAUCGUCAGGAGCACCAAGCAUGCUUGGGAUUACUCUGUUACUAUAUCUUUCAUCCACUUCGUGUUGACGUGUAUAACAACACGAGCGUUCCCGAUGACAUGGCCAUGGUGA